AGUAUUAACAAAACCUUCCCAUCCCUCCCAAUCCAAAGCGCAGGUUUGUUUAUUUUAGGGUUUUUAGAGAGAGAAGAAAUGGCGAAUGUAGAGAGAGAAGAAAUGGCGAAUGUAGAGAGAGAAUAAGUAGGAGACGAACACUACAGAGUCUCUUCGGGCCUUUCUUCCUGCGAAAGGAGCCCUGUUUUUGCAGGACAGGAUUAGGGUUUGACGACGAGGAUCCAAUGGCCAACGUAUAGAGAGAAUAAAAAUAUAAGAUAAGUUAAGGAGUCGUUAACUUUGAUUUUCCAUUGAGAAACCAGCAUUUGCAGGCCGGAUCUAGGGUUUUCAGAAGCAGAUGCCGCAUUAGAGAGAGAACAGGGUAUGCUAAAAGAGGCGAAGGUUCUUUGUGCUUUGCAGCUGCGGAAACGUGGAUUUGCAAGUUUGACCUGGGGCUUUCACUGGAUCGUUGAUGAACGUGGGGGGAAACAGAGUAAAGAGCAGAAAUCCUUGGAGCACGGGAGAAACAGAGUAACUCUAUCUCGUUAUCAGAAGCUCCAGAUUUGCAGGAUUUGCUGUGUACUGUGGAUGCCUAUGGUGGACACUGACUAGCAACAGUAAAGAAGAAGACAAGUAGAUAGGCAUUUGUAAAGAGAAGAAAAGCACAACGUCUUCCAGAAUACUAGAAACCCUAGAUUUUCAGUUCUCAAUCGAGCUCUGCUUCAGAAUCCAUGGCGGAUAUAGAGAGAGAAUAACAAAAAUAGAGCCUUCACAGGGCUUCAUCGAGGAGCAACAGAAAUCUCAGAUUCCCCUUCCUAAACCAGUUAAAAAGGCCCAAUAUUCAUAGCUCCAAGCUGUUAAAACCUAAAUUAACAGGCCCUAAAGGCUCUGUAAUCCCAGUUUCGGACCUCCUACAUCCCAAACCCUAUUUCCUCAGUUCAUUAACAAACGACUGCAUCAAUGACAGAAGGCCAUGGCUGGACAACGCGACGAGGAAGCAACCCUAAACUCGAAGAAGCCAUAGACAUUCCCCCGACACCAACUGGUGACAUCAAAUAUGGAGCCAGUUUCCCUGCAACUCAAGACCUAACCACUGGUUUGAUCAUUGCUUCAUGGUAUGCUUCGAACAUAGGAGUCCUCCUCCUCAACAAAUACCUUCUAAGCUUCUAUGGCUUUCGAUAUCCCAUCUUCUUAACCAUGCUACAUAUGGUCGCCUGCUCUGUCUAUAGCUCCAUAGCCAUUCACUGGCUCGCGAUUGUCCCCCCUCAAAACUUAGUUUCUCGACGCCAAUUCCUCAAAAUUUUUGCGCUCUCUCUCAUAUUCUGCUUCUCUGUAGUUUGUGGGAACACAUCGCUUCGGUAUUUACCUGUCUCUUUUAACCAGGCAAUUGGGGCCACUACCCCAUUUUUCACUGCUGUUUUUGCGUUCAUUAUCACUUGUAAAAGAGAGUCACCUGGUGUUUAUCUAGCUCUGUUACCUGUGGUUUUAGGCAUCGUUGUAGCAAGCAAUAGUGAGCCCCUUUUCCAUCUGUUUGGAUUCAUUGUUUGCCUUGGCUCCACAGCUGGUCGAGCUUUGAAAUCAGUGGUUCAAGGCCUAUUGCUCACCUCUGAGGCUGAAAAAUUACACUCUAUGAAUUUGCUCUUGUAUAUGGCUCCAAUGGCUGCUUUGUUAUUGCUUCCGUUCUCUCUCUUUGUAGAGGGAGAUGUAGCGAGUGUAGCUUUGGCAAAAGCAAGGGUUGAUCCCAUGAUUGUAGUUCUUUUGUUGGGCAAUAUGACUGUUGCUUAUCUUGUGAAUUUGACGAAUUUUUUGGUAACAAAGCAUACAAGUGCGCUUACUUUGCAAGUUCUUGGUAAUGCAAAGGCAGCAGUAGCAGCUGUGGUUUCGGUGUUGAUUUUUAGGAACCCAGUUACCGUGAUGGGAAUGACAGGUUUUGCAGUGACAAUCAUGGGUGUGGUUCUUUACAGUGAAGCAAAGAAGAGGUCGAAGGUUCCACAUUAGGUGGUUAGUGAGAGACGAUGGGGGAGAAAUGAAUGGGUUAUUGAGUUUUUCUGAUAUUGAGAAAUGGUUAAAAGGGUUGUUCAGAUUUUGGAUGGAUUAGCAAGUGCGGAUUUGGAAGAAUUAGAUGUUGGGUUACCAAUCAAAAAUUAAAAAAAACCGGGAAGGAAAGAAAGAAAGAACUGGAGGCUGAGUCCUUUGGCAUGAGCAUCUCUCUCUCUCCCUCUCUCUCUCUCUAUCUCUCUCUCAAUGAGGAGAGAGAAAGAGUGGGUUGUUACAGGUUUCGGAUGAAUUGGAAGCUCUGAUUUGUUGGGUUUGGCACGAGCAUAUUGGCAGCGUUUUUUUUCGAUUCUUUGGAUUUGUUGAAGUAAUCUCUCUCUCUCUGUAAUUGAUUUCCUGCUACUGUAAUUGAAUUUUUUGUUUGAAAAUUCUUUGGAGGAGAAUUUUUUGUUUAAUGGGGAGGAAGAGGAGAAAGAGAAAGAAUUUAGUAUAAACUUGGCUGUAAAGCCAUUGGCGGAUAACCCUUCUUCUAGAUGUGGCCCUGAUCGUAAGCUGGCUUGGGGCCCACUUUGGCCUUUAAAUUGUGUCUAUCUGGUUCUUUUUUUCGGUGUUCU